AUGUUAAGAAAUUUCAGAUUAGUUUUAUGUCAAUUCUCAGCAGGUCAUGAUAAAGUUGCUAACCUGUCCAAAGCUCGAGAUCUGAUCCAACAAGCUACAGCAGCCGGCGGACAAGUUAUAGUUCUUCCUGAGUGCUUUAAUUCUCCUUAUUCUACCAAAUAUUUCGCAGAUUAUGCAGAAGAAAUCCCAGGAACUCCAGAAACAUCCCCAUCAGUCCAUUUUCUACUUGAAGCUGCAAGAAACCAUCAAGUUCAUAUUAUAGGUGGUUCAAUUCCUGAGCGUGAAGGAAAUAAGCUCUAUAACACUUCGAUAUGUGUCUCCCCAGAUGGCCAGAUCCUCAAGAAGCACAGAAAAGUUCAUCUCUUCGAUAUAAACGUCCCUGGAAAAAUCGUCUUUUUCGAAAGUGACGUUUUGACUGCAGGAAAUGAGCCAACUAUCAUUGAGACUCCUUAUUGUAAAAUUGGGGUCGGGAUCUGCUAUGACUUGAGAUUCGGAGAAUAUGCAUGGACUCUUUCUAAGUCAGAAGAUGUAGGAUUAUUAGUAUACCCAGGGAAUUUUAACAUGACAACAGGCCCUAAGCACUGGGAACUUUUGCUCAGAUCAAGAGCUGUUGAUAAUCAGAUUUUUGUAGCUGCAUGCUCUCAAGCCAGAAAUACGAGCAGUGAAUAUGUGUCUUAUGGCCAUUCUAUGGUAGUUAAUCCUUGGGGAGAAAUUCUAAGCUCUACAGAGUUUGAUGAAGGCUUGGUAGUCCAAGAUAUUGACUUUGGGGUGUUAAAUGAAAAUAGAGGCAGCAUCUGGACAAGAAGACAUAAAAGAUUUGAACUCUAUGAAAGAUAA